AAAUAUCCAAAAAUAAAUUCAAAUCAGUAUGCCACAUUUAGGUGUCAACAAAAAAGUUUGUUCAUUUUGUUACUCAAAAUUCAAAUACAGAAAGUGCUGUUUUGGUAAAACAUUAGUCUUAUUUUGUCAACAUUAUUGCUUUUUCUCCUUGAGCUCUUUGACUCUUGCGGAGUGUUCAACAUGGUUUAUCUUAGUCGCCCCUGGACUCCCGUCUUCAAUCCCUACUACAUUGGACCGUAUCCGACUUGCGCCGCUUGUCCUUGUGACUUUGAUAUUUACAAAGGUUACACUCCCGGUGGCUGGCAUAGUCGUUGCUAUCGCAGCUAUUAAUUAUCAAGACCUCACAAGUCAGUGAAAAAGUCAAGGAGAGAAGUGGAAUAUGGGCUAAAUUGCAGAUCACAACUUCUCACAUAUAUGUUUAAAAUUAAAAUAUGUUUAAAAUUC